UCACACAAUUUUAUUUCGUUGCAAAGGAAGCUCACGUAACAUUUUUCAAAUAUACAGUAUUCAUGGUUUGAGGAAAUCGAGUAAAUUAACGUAACCCUUUAAAUUAAAAUACAGUGAAGCAAUUGGCUCUAACAAUUCAAGGAAUCUUGCAAAGAUUGUGCGCCUAACGAUCGACAUUCACAUUUGCAAUAUGAGUGCGCGCGGCAAAUUGACCACGCCCACUGCAACGUCCACGCCCAUGGUCAUGACAAACCCGAGACUAAAUAAUAAUCGAACCGCAAAUGAGGCUUUGCGUGCCACUAGACAGGCGGCGCCACUAUCACCACCCAAGAUCGGUAAAGCAGUUAGAUGCACCGGCGGUGAUGGCGAUGGUGGCACCGCUGCCUGGAAGAAAACAAAAACCGCAGAAUUGACUAACACGAGCCGCCUAGAACUGACGGCACGUCUGGAAAAGCCAACGAUUGCCUCAACGUUACGUUCGGCCAGCAUUCGGGGCAAAGCAAUGGCCCAAAAGGCUGCGGUUCCUCGCAAGGAACGAGCACCAGUUGGCGAAACCAAGUGCUUAAAUAUCCCAUCAAAACAUUGCAUGCUGCGCAAAGUAGGUGGUGGGAAAAAGGAAACCCUGGCAGAGGAAUUUUUGCAGCACGACUCCGCCAGUGUGAUCAAACAGCCAGUGUUAGAGAUGGGUGUGCAAACGAAUGAGGCGGAGAUACUAGACCGCAAUUUGCUUGUGGGAGAUAUAAAACUCCUUUUGCCCUCUCCGCAGUUAGCCAAGGAAAUCGAUAUGGCUCGGGCUGAGACAUCAAUGGAGCAAUCUCGUAAGUCAGUGAUUCGUACCUUUUCACCUCACGAGCACGAUGAGGAGCAGCAUUUGGAUGAAUUGAAGCAGUACAUGGAGCACAGCUAUGUCAGCAGGCGCAAGCCGAAAAAACCGCCAUUGCCGAUGCUGGCUAUUUAUGAACCGCAUGAAUAUAGCAGCGUAUUCGAGACGAUGGACGAGUUCUUUACACGCGACGUAAAAAAAGCCGAAUCCCUUACAAGUAUCCAGGAGCGCAUUAAGCGCAAAGAACUAGAAUUGAUGAGUAUGUUUAAUGGCGUGGAUGUUAAUGAUAAGAUCGAAUCCGACUCCGAAGGCGAUUAGAGUCGUAUUAUCAGAAUGCGCCUUUCACAUAUAUUGUGACAAAAUAUAAAAAUUUAAGUCAAAUGGCCUGUGUGUAUCUCAGGCAUGGAUUUAUGAUGGUCUCAUUUCUAUGUUGAAUUAGGCAUGAAAGUUUGAUCAAAUUCGGGAGAAAGAUUAUUAUAUAGAUGUAGUUAUCAUUUAUGAUAAUGUAAUUUGUUUAAAAUUUAAUAAAUAUUGACUAGUCGACCAA